GUCUCCCUUAGUCCCCGUUGUGCCCUAUUGAUCUUAUUGCUGAGCCCAGUAGCAAGUCUGUUCUUUGUGACACUGCCCGUCUGUACUUUGUGACACUGCCCGUCUGUACUUAUGGGUCUUGUUAUGGGUGACUGCCGGCAGAGACUACUGCUCUCAUGGGCGCUGCUUUUUGUCUUCUUCGUAUCGAUCACUGCAGGACAAAAUGUUAGUAGAUCAACUAAAAAAGGAAGAACUUUCAUUGGCCAUAAAGUGGAAAUCAUAAAUGGCACUGGCCGCUCUUUUUUUACUGUGGAUGAGUUUGCAUCACAGGUGCUGUCUGGAAGAUUAACCACUGUAUUUCUCCCAACAAUCUACAUUAUCGUCUUUAUCAUUGGCUUGCCAAGCAAUGCAAGUGCAUUAUGGGUGUUCAUGUUCCGAGCCAAGAAGAAACACCCAGCAGUGAUCUAUAUGGCUAAUCUAGCUCUUGCAGAUUUAUUGUUUGUUAUAUGGUUUCCACUCAAGAUUUCAUAUCACUUAAAUGGCAACAACUGGAUUUAUGGUGAAGCUCUAUGCAAAGUACUUGUGGGAUUUUUUUAUGGAAAUAUGUAUUGCUCAAUACUUUUCAUGACGUGCCUCAGUGUUCAGAGAUAUUGGGUCAUCGUAAAGCCAAUGUCAUACACAAGGAAGAAAACAAAAUAUGCUCUGAUCAUUUCCAUAACUAUAUGGGUUGUAAUUAUACUGAGCACUAUUCCGUUAUAUCUUUUUGACCAAACUGUUUAUGUCGGCAACCUUAAUAUCACAACCUGUCAUGACGUCUUGCCGCUGGAUACAUUGGCUUUUGACAUGUAUAAUUAUUUCCUCUCUCUGGCAAUCGGAGUCUUUUUCCUCCCUGCUGUUCUCACCGCCUUAGCUUACACUCUCAUGAUUCAGACUUUAAAUGCGUCCAUCACAGAUGAAAAUAUCGGAAAGAAACGCAAGAAAGCUAUUAAACUAAUCUUGACUGUGCUCAUCAUGUAUCUUGUCUGUUUUUUGCCCAGUAAUAUUUUGUUAGUCGUUCACUAUUCUUUCAUUAAGUACAGUUACAAGGGCAGUGUAUAUGCGUAUUACAUAACGGCUCUUUGUCUUUCCAGCUUGAACAGUUGCAUUGACCCUUUUGUUUAUUAUUUUGUUUCCAAAGAGUUCCGUAAUAAUAUAAAGAACGCUUACCUUUGUCGUAGUGUAAGGACUGUAGAGAGGAUGCGAGUCUCUUUCAGCUCCAUGAAAUACUCUAGGAAGUCAAACUCCUACACUUCAAGUUCAAACAACACAAAUACAAGCAGCUGUUAAUGUUUAUCAUAUUUUAGAUGAAAUGGACACUAUGGACACUUGAGUUGGGUUUUUUCACUCUAUGGAGAUCCAAAAACUUUCUGUGUGAGAAUGCUGGCUUUUCCGUUGCAGAAAGUUUGGUCACUUACAUUUUCUUGUAUGCAUUAAAAAAAACACUAGAAGAACCUUUUUAUGUUUAUUUGUGAUUAUUAUGACUUUUUAAUGUUAAAACAUGUAAUAUGCAUAUACUGUGAAUAUAUUUAUACUUUUUUUUUUUUUUUACUGUGUGUGUAUGUAUAUAUGUAUAUAUGUCUAUCUAUAUCCAAAACCAGAUGAAAUUAGACUAUAAAUGGUAUGCUUCAAUUUCUUAUUUGUGUUAUAUGAAAAACAAAGUUAAUAUGUGCUGAUUGGUAUGGCUAGUAAAAGGACAUUAAAGUUGUUGUUUUUUAAUGUGUUGCAUCUAAAAGAAGAUAUUUUUAAAAUGUACUGAGUUUGUUUUUAACGUUUCUAUACUGAUUAAACCAUAUGAUAUUUUUUCGAAGGCAUGUCCCUGUUUAGAGUUGCAAAAAAAUAUCAUUGUUUAAUGUUGCUCAUUCAUGCGCAUGAUAAAAAAUGUUCGAGUACAUUGUCCAGUGAGCAGAUGCAGUAUUUAGCAUUUUACUAUAUUGUAGAUAAUCUAUGUAUAUUUUAUAUGUUAUCAUUCUUCCUUUCUUGAUGUAUUUAUAUUUGAACAUAAUGUUUUGAUAUUUACUCCUGAGCUCACCUUUUGUACAUUUUUAUUUCAUUGUAUUACAGUAACGGAUGUACAGUCACUUAUUUAUAAAAACAAUUGGGGUGGUCAGAAUAAUUUCAAAAGUACACAAAAGAGCUAUGCACUUUUAAUACAUUAUGUUUAAUUGUUUAUGUAUAUCUGAUUUCGGUUUGUGCAAUGUAUUUUUUUUUUAUUCAUUUUGAUUUGCUCUAUGACUAAUAAAUGAAGUCAACUUUA